AUGCGGUGUUCCGUCAGGCGCUGCUUCAUAACGUCUGUGGGCAUCGGAUUCCUGUGGCUCUUCAUCACUUUGAAAGUCCCCGAGGAAAUGGAAGAUGAUCAAAACGUGAUGGCUAUCAAAGGCCAGGAGGACAAUUAUGACAAAAGGAAAGACCCGAGACCAUUAGAAGACUGGCAGAAUCUUACCUUCGAAUAUUUUAAAACAAUUCAGCAGAGAAGAAAAACAUGGCUGACAGUGGGCAUCUCCUCAGUGCCACAACCAGAUCAAAGAAGCCUCUUGUACACAUUGGUCUCUCUGUUCCGUGCUUCCUCUAAGAUUGAACAGAAACGUCUCACGGUGCUGGUCCACCUGGCACAUUCUGACCUCACCAGGCUCAGAGAAACCGUUCUCCAUAUUUCAACCCUCUUCAGCCCACAGAUCUUGGCAGGGCAGCUGCUACUGAUCCAUGCUCCGCCUGAUGCCUACCCCUCCGUGGAUGACAUGAGGAAGGAGGCCCAUCAUGGGGAAUUCUACUCUAAGCAGAAUAUAGAUCAUGCCUUCCUCAUGAGCUUUGCCACAAGGCUCUCUGAAUACUUCCUGUUACUGGAGGACAAUGUCUUUUCUGCCCCCAACUUUAUCACCCACAUUCAUUGGAAGGUGAACACCAUGCGGUCCAACCCAUGGGUGCUACUGGAGUUCUCUAAUAUGGGCACCCUUGGCAAACUCUUCCACAGCAAGGACCUCCCACUCCUGGCCCAUUUCUUAAUCCUUUUCUACAAGGAGAAGCCCCUUGACAGGCUGAUCCCCCACUUCCGUACCCUCCUAGCUCAGAAAAACCCAAUCAUCUGCAGACCUUUCCUUUUCUACCACAGGUUCUCCUACCACAUCUCUAACGACACCCAGAAGGCCACACCAGUUCAGAAAAAGAACCCCUAUGUUCCUGACAACCCACCUGGAGCCAUUUUCACGGAUAUGAAGGUUUUUGAUGUUCAUUUCCCCUGGGAAGCCUACACCCUGGACGAGUCAUUCUUCUGGACCCACAAUGUUAGUGCAGGGAACCACCUGACAGUCAUUUUGAACCAUCCGGCGAACUUGAGCAAAGUGCAAGUAUUGACAGGCACCAUCGUGGAUGGAAAGUACGCCCUGAAGAAGGGGCAAGUGGAGCUGGGCUACGACCCCGAGGGAAUGCCUCAAUACUGUACCAGCUUCACCUUGCUGGGCCAGCUCUUCGAAGGGCAGAUGAAUCAGGAGAUAUUUCUGAAAAGGAUGGGGCACAACGUGAGCUGUGUAAGGCUGGUGGUGAAGGCUGAUCAGGUUGGCGGUCUUAUAAUCAGGCAUAUUUACCUCUGGGAGCAAAAUGCCAAAGAUAUGGAAGCAGCUCGGAGUUGGAGGUAA